GCUGGGAGAGUCGCGGGUUUUCGUAUUCCAAGUGAAUAUGACAAAUGUUGUUGAAAUUGUUGCUGUUUCUUGUUCCUUUACGGUAGAAGUGGUUCUUUUUUUUCUUUCUUUUUUUUUUUUUUUUUUCUUUUCCAGAGGGAUUGUGUUUUUCAAGUUCUGCCGAAAAGUUUUCUUAAAAGUAAAUACGGACUUUUUUGCAUUUCUAGUGAGCAGUCACUUGUCACUUAGACCAGAAAAUUAUUCUCUAAAAGCAGCAAAAGAGAUCUUUAUUAUGGGUGUAGGAUUGUGUUCAGCCAGUCUAUGCAGUUUGUGGCUAGCUUUUUUGGGGGGGCAAGGGGUGCUCAGGUUAUUUGUCUGUGUGGUCUUGGUUUUUUAAUUUUAUUUUUAUUGUAGAUUUUGUUCAAUUUUUUCCAUCGUUGACCCCUGACAUACAAAAAGUCUCACAGGGGCUCAGAAGUCUGGUAUCUAGUUACUCUUAUUUAAUAUGAUGGAUAUAAGAGUGGUCUCUGGCAGCACAGUUCUUGGGCAAAAGGGUUGAAAAGCUACGCAGAGAAUAGAGAAAUAAACCUUUGACUUACAAAUUACUCAUGUGAUGAUGUUGAAAUAUUGGCAAAACUGGAGAAAGAGUCUUGUGCUUUAGCAACUGACUUAAGUGUUUGCAUGCAGUUUAAUUUUUCCACUGCAGGUGAACUCAGUUUUUUAGCUGAGAACCUAAGUAAAGCAUAGUUAGUGUUAUCAUUUCUUCAUGAAUCGAGAUUAUAUAGGAUGAUUUAGAAUACCACAUGAGUGCCCAUCACUGAUACUAGUACAGGAUUUUAGGGAUAAAUAGGAGGAGUGAAUUCCCCAUUAGAAAAUGGAACUUUUUUUUUGUCUGUAAGGGUAGUACUAAAUUGCUGCAUAAUUUUAAAAAUCCACUUUUAUAGUCUAGACACUGCUUUUAUUGUGUAAACAUUUAGUGAUUAGAAUUUGCUAGAUAUAGGGAAGAAUAAAACCAUUUAGGUUGGAAAAGAUCUGUAAAAUUAUCAAGUGCAACCCAGCACUAUCAAGCCCACCACUAAACUGAGUCGCAUUUAUGUGUAUGUCUUCUAAAUCCCCCCUGGGGUGGUAAUUCCACCACUUUCCUGGGCAGCCUGUUCCAGUGUUUGACAACUCUUUCAGUGAAGAAAUUUUUCCUAAUAUCCAACCUCUCCUGGCACAACUUGAAGCCAUUCCCCCUUGUUCCAUCAUUUGUUAUUUGAGAUAAGAGACCAGCUCCUACCUCACUACCUCUUCCUUUCAGGCAAUUGUAAAGGUGGAGGGUUUGCAGCUUUUGUCAAGCACUAAAAGAACUGAGAAUAUGCAGGUUAUGGUCACUUCUUCGUGUUAUUCAGAACUUUUUGGGUAGUUGUGAAACUGCCAAGAGUAUUAUUAGUAUUGUGCUCCAGUUUGGGAACAUUUUGAGGAAUGAAGCAGAGCUGGCACUUCCAGAAAGCUACAUUUGGUCUAAUCUGUACAGAUGCUUUGUGCAUGAAAAUGCUCUCAGAGAGUAAAUAAGUUUAACUGUGGCACACAUUUGUCUUUAUCCACAAAAGACCAGAGCAUCUAGAGGCUCAUGUUUUUCUUCAGAAAGUCCCUCAGGACUAGUUUGUAACUUUACACACGAGUCUCUUGGUUCCUUUUGUAACAGCACUGUUUCUUUUCUUUUGAACCCCACUAAUUCAGCACCAAAAAAAACCCUCCAAAAACCCAGACCAAAAAAAGGACCCCAAAAACCAACAAACCAAUUAAUAUAAGUCCUGCUCUGGGGAAAAAUAGAAAUCUGAUUUAUAUUAAAAAUUAACUGCAUUCAGGCUUUGUUAACAGCCUAUAGCUUGGUCAUGGAGCAAGUUGAGGUGAUAGGGGCUAGAAAACACCCACAGCCUUUUUUCCUUUUUGUGAUCUCUCUGAGCACCCAGGGUACAAAGCCUGGGGCCUCCCCGAUCAAGCAGUGCUAGUGACCACAAAGUUUCCAACCUGGCUGCCCUGAUGCUGGGGGUGUGGGUUGGUUAGGGAUGGGUGCACUGGUGUAGAGUGCUGGUGAAAGUCACUGUGCCCAUCCUGGGGAAUGGGGGCUGGCAGAGCACUGCUCUGCCACCAUCACUCCCAGGGUUUAGGUCUGAGUUGAAAAGGAACAGGCACUCCAUUUCCCUUUUCUGAUGCUGAAUCUGCUGUCCGAUCCUGCCUUUUGAAUUUUCAGCACGUGGUCUGACUUCUUUGCCAACUCAGACACAUCAUUUUACUUGGUUUUCUUCACAUUGGAGCUGACGUAAAUACUCUAACCAAUGAGAAAUAUGUGCCACAAAGCUUCUACGUCCUUGUGGUGAGGGUAAGAAAGAUAGUGAUCAUAACCAGAAACUGUACCUGGGUAAGCACAUUGCUCCAUGGCCUCAGGGGACCGAGUCUGCUGCCUGUCCUUGAGAUAAGGUUUUGUUUGCUGCUUUUCGUUUUCUCUCUUUUUUUUUUUAAAGCUUCUUUUUGCCUAGUUGUUAUCUUUUGCCCAAAAUAGAUGGUGCAGUGGAUUAUGAAAAAGGGAAGUGAGAGCUCUCUAAAGAGGGCAUGCUGUAGUCAGUUCUGCUAAAGGAAAAGGAGGUCCUACUUUUUGCUUAAGCAAGCAUGAGACAAAGAGAAUAAAACUCGAGACCUAACCAUGGAAAAACUAUUUUUUCACUACUACUUGGAAAUCUGGAUGAUACAGUAGCUUGAUUCUUUAUUGAGUUGUCAUUUUUUUCUGCAGAAAAAUCCCCUGUUGUCUCAGCCUGGUGAUUACUAGCUCUUCUUUCCAUGAAGCAAAUGAUCUAUAUGAGUACAAACCAGUCCUUCUGCUUGAGCUGGUAUGCAAUGGCUUUAUUUGUUUUGCUUUUUUUAAUAGACUGCCACAGAACACUGUGAAAUUAUCAUCAGUGGUAAAUACGUGCUCAGAAAAACGUGAUGACUUCAGGGAUUCUAUUGAGACGUUUUUAAAUGGUUUUGAGUGAUGUAAUCAGGUUAAAUACAAGGAGUGAUUUUGCAAAGUGGACAGUAAUGGAGUAUAUGAGCACGGGUAGUGAUAGCAAAGAAGAGAUUGACUUGUUGCUAGCUGAUCUGAAUAUGUCUGAGGUGAUAGCCAUCAUGGAAAACCAUUAUCCAGGCGAAGACAUCGCAGUCUAUGAAGACAGCUUAAUUACCAUGUGUGAAGAGGCAAAUCAAAAUGAUGAACGUGCAGAAUCAUUACUGUUUUGUGAAGGGGAGGUCUCUUUGAUGUCCUCUGUCAAAUAUGGGACUGUGGAAGACCUGCUUGCUUUUGCCAAUCAGGUGUCUAACACUGCAAAACAAUUUAAAGGAUGCAGACAACAGGAAUCUGGAAUCCUCCUGAAUAUGAUCACACCCAAGAAUGGGCGCUAUCAGAUUGACUCGGAUGUGCUCCUGUUUCCAUGGAAGUUGACUUACAGGAAUAUUGGUUCUGAUUUUAUUCCUCGGGGAGCUUUUGGGAAAGUGUACUUAGCCCAAGACAGAGAAACCAAGAAACGAAUGGCAUGCAAAUUGGUCCCAGUGGAGCAGUUCAAACCAUCAGAUGUUGAAAUACAGGCAUGUUUCCGUCAUGAAAACAUUGCUGAAUUAUACGGCGCUAUUUUGUGGGAUGAGACGAUCCAUCUCUUCAUGGAAGCUGGAGAGGGAGGAUCUGUCAUGGAAAAGCUGGAGAGCUGUGGGCCUAUGAGAGAGUUUGAAAUAAUUUGGGUGACAAAGCAUAUUCUGAAAGGACUUGACUUUCUCCACUCAAAGAGGAUUAUCCACCAUGACAUCAAACCAAGCAACAUUGUCUUUAUGUCAACUAAGGCUGUUUUGGUGGAUUUUGGCCUAAGUGUUCAAAUGACUGAAGACAUUUACUAUCCCAAAGAUCUUAGAGGAACAGAGAUUUACAUGAGCCCUGAAGUUAUCCUUUGCAGAGGCCACACAACAAAAGCAGACAUCUACAGCAUGGGAGCUACUAUUAUUCAUAUGCAAACGGGCAUCCCACCCUGGGUGAACAGAUACCCUCGUUCUGCAUAUCCCUCCUACCUCUAUAUUAUACACAAACAAGCUCCCCCCUUAGAGGAUAUUGCUGAGGACUGCAGCACUUCCAUGAGAGAGUUACUAGAAGCAGCCCUGGACAGGAAUCCUAAUCACAGGCUGUCUGCAGCAGACCUGCUGAAACACGAGGCCUUACACCCACCCCCCGAGGAGCAGCCGCGGUGCCAGAGUCUGGACUCGGCGCUGUUUGAAAGGAAAAGACUGCUCGCCAGGAAGGAUCUGCAGCUGCCAGAAAACAUCACAGAUUCCUCAUUGUGUAAUGGGAGCAUGGAAGAGUCAGACCUGCUAAAGAGACAAAGAUCACUCUACAUAGACCUUGGAGCUCUAGCUGGUUACUUCAAUAUUGUUAGGGGACCACCAGCCUUGGAAUAUGACUGACUUAGUAACAUUUUAUGUUGACGAGUCAGAAAUGGACCUCUACCUCUUAAAACUUGAUUUUAAGACUUGAUUUUCCAAUUUGUACAUAAAACUAUUGCCAUUAUAGGCUGUCAAAUGUGAAUAGUGUUUAAUUGCACAGAUGAUUAAGCUAAACCCUUAGGGGCUCUGAUAAGCUGAUCCCAAGCAGUGAUGUUUUUGUGUCUGCUGGUUGACCAACAAGAAGAUGGCAUAGAGAACACUGCUGCUGGGAAUGUCUUAAUCCAGGAUAUCUUCCUGUGCUGGGCCUUGCACUUUUGUAAAACUUAUAAUAUAUGCUUGCAAAUAAUGUCAGGAAAAAAUAUAAUAUAAUUUAGCAUGUGGGCUGUAAGAUUCAGUCUCUCUGAGCUGUCCUUAGAAGAAACCUUCCUGCAAUCCCCCAUCCCAAAAAAAAAAAAAAAAGAAAAAAGAAGUCCUUAAUUUAACCAGUUGAAGACUGGUUCAGUCUUUUUCUGUCUUUAAGACUUGGUCAUUCUUGGUCUUUAAGAUUUAGUCAGCCUCUAGCCAUUCUUCAUGAAAAUUGAGAAUGUCUGUGGAUUAUCACUUGUUUGCAGGUGUGUUUUAACUUUGCAUCUUCCCUGGGCAGUGGGAGCUAAGAAGGAGGCUGUCCCCUUCUCUGUGGGUCAAGGGAAUUUUUCAUUGGCAGUAUCAGUUAGUUUUGGGAUUUGCACAGCAAGUUGGCCCUGGCAAAGUAUGACAGUGACUUCAACUCCUUCCUAUGUUACAACUACUGCAAGGGUAUCUAUGAUAGUUUUCAAGAGUAGAUCAAAUGUUAUUCCCUAUUGGUAACAGUGGGCAGGCUCCAAAUUCUUGCUUUUUAAUACUUUAAAAUUGUACACAUGUAUAAUUGCUGUGAGUGCUACGGUUUGGAAAGUGUGUCAUUAGUGACAAGCAGUGUUUAUGUUCCUAUGGAAAUGGAAUUAUAUUGUUCUUGCUGUGCCUCAUACAUUUGAAACAUGAUGUUUUGGAUGAUAGUAAAACUAUGUAAACUGCAUAGUUCUGUACAUCCCAUGGGAUGAGAACGUAAACUUUUAUAAAACUCUUUCUGAUGCUUAGGAUGACUCUUUAUAAGCAUUUGUGUUAAAUGGCAUACUGUGUAUGUUGUACACUGAAUCUUUUCUGAAGCACAGUCUCUUUUUCAUGUCUGUUAUUUAAUACUGCUCCUCUCUAACACGUGAUCUUAAACAGAUGAUUUCUAGUUUGAUACUGAUAUGGUCAAAUGAAUAAAUCCAGCUCAGUGCCUUGA